CUUUUUUUCUUUUUACCUCGUUUCUUUUCCCCACGGCGCUUACUCAAAGUGUCUGCAAGAAAGAUAUGAACAACAGUAAAACCGAAGAACGACUUCGGGCUCUCAUGGAAGACUAUCAUAAGAGUGGAUCGUCGCCUUCGAACGUUCCUAAUCUGUCCCUUGAUUUUGAUGAUCCGGAACAUGAACAUCGUAAUUUGACAGAGAAAGAACCUCGACGUAUGAGAGAAGAUCCUGUGGCUUUCAUGCUGAAUAUUGGGUUGCAUUAUCAGGGCACGGGAUGGCGCGGCUAUCAACAAUACAUUGGAAACAAGAUUUUCUAUCCCGGUUUUUCGGAUCGAAUGAAGUCAUUGGUUCUCAAUAGUCGCAAAGUGGAGCAGGUGAUCCAAGAAUUAGCUGAUCGUCAGGCCCAAGAACUUGUUGCUGUCCAAAAGAAAAACAUGACCGAAGAAGAACGCGCCAAGCGGAUCAUGAAGCAGCGAAAGCGUUCACAAAAAGAAUUAGAGGCUGUGGCUAAAGGGAUCGCUGAGAAAUGCAUCUCCACAAUGGAUGAUAUCCGCGCAGUUAGAUUCUUUGCAUUUGCGCUUAACAAUGUGCUGGUGAGGUUGUACCACCAGGGCGUACAUAUCAAAGAAAGCCAAUGGGUCGAGCUGAAGCGCGUGGCCUUGAUGGCCCAGCAGAAGAAGCAAUCGUUGAUCUUAGUACCGUCUCACAAAUCACAUAUUGACUACCUCGUUGUGUCGUACAUCUUCUUCCGACUAGGUCUUCAGAUUCCUCAUAUUGUCGCGGGCGAGAAUUUGGAUCUGCCCCUUGUGGGUCGAUUGUUGAAAUCUUGUGGCGCGUUCUUUAUUAAGCGAGAGUGGGGUGGUAAUCCACUGUACAAGACGAUCAUGGAGGAGUAUAUUACCACGCUUUUGUCGGAAGGAAUGAAUUUUGAGUGUUUCGUGGAAGGAACGCGAUCCAGAUUAGGUAAAUUGCUCACUCCCAAACUGGGUGUUAUUAAGAUCAUCCUGGAUGCAAUUGUGGAUGACCGCUUUUCGGACUGUCAUAUCGUACCCAUGUCAUUGGGCUAUGAUAAGAUAAUUGAAACAUAUUCCUAUGCGAACGAAUUGCUCGGUAAUCCAAAGGAAAAGGAAAGCUUAUGGGGCCUCAUCACGAACACGCGUGUAUUGCAACUUAAAUGGGGACGCGUCGAUGUCCGCCUUGGAAAGCCGUUUUCAUUAAGAAACUGGUUAGAAGAACAGAUUAAACUUCGUGGACCUAUGGAUCUGACACAAACAACUCAAAAAUCUGUCCUUUUGAAAUCACUGGGAUACCGCAUUCUGUCAGAUAUCAAUUCCGUCGCUGUUGUGAUGCCAUCAGCGUUGCUUGGCACCGUACUUUUAACCCUUCGUGGUCGUGGCGUUGGUCGGAGUGAACUUGUUCGACGCGUGGAUUGGCUGAUCAAGGUGAUCAACGCCAAGGGCGGGCAGGUCGCCGAAUUCCACGGAAUGUCCACAGGUGUUGUUGUUGACAGAACUGUCCAGAUUCACAAAGACUUGAUAGGCGAACAAAAGGGCAAGGACUUGCUAGAACCUACGUUUUAUGGUAUCAACCCCUUUGAACUCUCUUACUAUCGUAAUCAAGUCAUCCAUAUGUUUGUCGAAGAAGCUAUUGUCUGCGUCGCGCUUUACACAGUAGUGAAGCUUGGUGGAAGCAAAGUUGACCAGCGUAUGCGAUACACCGACCUACUAGAGGAAAUUUCGUUCUUGUCUAGCCUGUUGAAACUAGACAUGAUCUAUAAACCAGGAGGUGCUGAGAACAACAUGCGCAGAACCGUGCGUUGGUUAGCAGAUAAUCAUGUCAUUGAAGUAAGCGAUGACGGUUGGGUUGGUUUAUCCGAUGCCGAAAGAGAAUGGGGCCGCGAGAACUAUGAUUUCCUAUGCUUCUUGAUCUGGCCAUUUGUUGAAUCGUAUUGGUUGGCUGCAGUGAGUCUAUUCUCCCUAGUACAAUCACGUCGUGCGUACAGCCCCAACAGCGGAUCAGCCAAAGCAGAGAUGAAGCUUUUUGCAAACAGAGCACAAGCGCUUGGCAAAACAUUGUAUUACCAGGGCGACCUCAGUUAUUUGGAGGCAGUUAAUAAGGAGACGCUUAAUACAGCAUUUACGAGAUACCAAGAGCAAGGCAUCAUGCUGCUUGCCCGCCAUAAUACCCCCAAGUCUUGGUCUGAGAUUUUUUUGACAGAAGCAUACGUUCCCGAACGCAAGGAUGGCAUCCUUGUCCCACAAGGCCCACUUUGGGAUCUUGUUGAACAUAUUGGUCGCUUCCGAAUGGAAGGCAAGAACCGAAGAGACAGUGCUACAGUGAGCACGCGUGUGCUUCGGUUAGCAGAAAUCCUUGCAGAGGAAAAUGCGGUUCCCUCUGCCAAUCAAAAGGCGCUUCUAAAGAAGUUGACCCAAGAGAGCAAGCAGCAGGCGUCGUCAUCUAAACUAUAGAAAAAACGCACACACACAAAAUAAGGGUCAAAAAGAGAAAUAUCAAAGUAUUGUUCUGGUUUUCAAGUCGCUGUGUGUCUUUCCAGUACCUGGUAGCGAUGACAAUGAAAGUCGGUUUUUACUAGAAAUUUUAAUUAUUAGUUUCUUAAUUAUAUAGCAUGUUAAAGUAUAAAUGCACUGUCGGAUCUCUUAAAGCUUGUACAUUAUUCCAUUGCAUGUUUGCUUGGGCAAGAAAGAUACUAUAGUAUUGUCAGUAGCAGUUUACUAGCCAUAUUAGUAAGAAGCUAUGUCAUACUAAAAGCUGG